CUUAUCCACACAAACAAUCAAAAAAUCCAAAAAAAAAAAAUAUGGAAUACGCCUCGAGGAAGUUGGUUUUCGUUGUUGCUCUCCUGAUUUUCGCUGCCGGUAUUACGAACAUUGGAGCAGAAGAAGGCACCGGCGGCAACAACGACGUCGUCGACAUCGAGGUGCCGACAUGCAAGCUUACAUGCCUACAUCCGUGUCAUUGUCAAAAAGAACGCUGCGUUUGCAACGGUGGCCCGCUGCCGCGUCGGGCAGCUUCCCGAUCGUCAUUUGUCGCCGCCGAUCAACACCUCAUCUGAAAGCUAUAGUUUGGUUUGAUGACAUCAUUCCGGUGUUUGGUUUCUUCGUUAUAUAAAGAUUCGGAAUUAAAAAAAAAAGAUUCGGAAUAAAUUGGGAAUGUAUUUGGUCUAUUGCUAAAGAGAUUACGUAGUAGUACAAAUUCUGUGUAGAUAUGAAAAAAUGCUAUUCGAAAAUAAAAUCAAAUGAGUG